GGAAGCCAGGAUUGGUCGAUAGGACACCCGGAGCCACUGGUGCUCCAAUCCCUCCAAUUCCUCCAACUGGACGAAUCGUCUCUCAUUCUGUAUUGGACCUGGUGAGGCGGGAGUGAAUCAGAUAAUUCAAAUUCAGGGACACGUCAGGCCUCUUGAUGAUAUUUGUGGUUUGCCCUUCGACGAGUUUUGGCAUCGUCUGGGAACAAAGUAUUAUAAUAUAUAAUGCAUAGUUAUGCAAGAAAUGCUAGAUCAUUUUGUGGAAGAGUUGAGAGAUAAUUAUUCAAUGGGCAUUGUUGAGAGCGAUUGUUUAAUCGCAACAGAUUACAACAAGUGGAAAAGUAAAGUCAGUGUCUACUUUGAAUGAUUCAUUGAGUGAAUUGGGAAUUUCGUUUCUGUCAUUAUUUCUGGGUGAUUUAAAUGACAUUGAUCUUCUGAUAUGGCAACUUUUAAGAUAACUUCGGAAAUCCAUGCGGAACGAUCGCGAAGUCAUGAAAGUUGGAGACAAAAUUAUGUUGUGACCCAGUUUGCAUUCGAAUAUCCCCCUCACAUGAAACCAAAAAACUCAAUGACUUACGACCACGAUGGAGAUUUAGUUCUAGAAAAGAAAGAAGGAAAAUUGCUAAUUGAACACAGUAUUAGUACGCAGUUGGAACUCGUAGGUUUACAGUUAUGGAGAGGAGCUUUUUUAUUAGCUGAUUAUAUUAUGGCCAAUCCCCGAGAGUUUGAACACCAAAAUGUAGUUGAAUUGGGGUCUGGAGUGGGCUUGACAAGUAUUGUAGCUGCAAUGUUAGCGAGAGAAGUCACUUGUACAGAUAUCGACUUAGGAGAGAUCUUACCUUUGAUCAAACGAAAUGCUCAACAAAAUUCCAAGUACAUUAGAGGGAAAUUCAACGUGAUGGCCUUGAAUUUUAAAGACACCGAGUGGUCCAAGAAUUUGAAGAGAAAAUUGACUGAAUCGACGAUAAUACUUGCUGCUGAUGUUAUUUAUGACGACAACAUCACGGAACACUUUGUUUCUACUCUUGAAAGGAUUUUACAUUCUGACGAUACAAGACGUAUUGUCUAUGUAGCCAUGGAGAAGCGUUUUGUAUUCACAAUUGCCCAUCUGGACUCAGUGGCCCCUUCCUACGAGGAAUUUCGUCGUUGCAUUUCUCGAAGAGGAUUAAAAUGGAGCGUGGAAGAAGUUAAACUCGAAUUUCCUCAGUACUUCAAGUACGACAGAGUCAAGGAGCUGGUUCUUAUGAAAAUUCAAAGGAUAUGAGCGUGCAAAAAACGACAAAUAU